AUGGCGUUGCCACAUUCUCCCGAUAUAUGCCCGAGGGUGAAAGAAAUCAAAAAAGAGAAGCCUUCUGCGUUAUUCCUGAACGCCGGAGACUUCUUUCAAGGCACUCCUUACUAUACACUCUUCAAAGAAAGCGUCAUAUCUGCCGUCAUGUCGGCGAUGGGCUACGAUUAUGCGUGCCUCGGGAAUCAUGAAUUCGACGACGGACCGGCCAACCUUGCUCCUUUCCUUAAGAGAAUGAACGAAUCUAAUGUAACGAUUGUCGGAACAAAUACAAAUUUUUCACAAGACCCAGAUCUCAAAGAAUACGACCUUGUAAAGUCUGCAAUAAGAACAAUUGGGGACACGAAGAUCGGAAUUCUCGGUGCAGUAAUUCCUGACACAAAACAUGGUUCGAGGCCAGGACCACACGUGGAAUUCUACGACGAAAAAGAAAGUUUUCGAAACGAAGUUGCUUACCUCGUCAGCCAAAACGUAACCAUAAUUAUCGCUAUUACGCACAGCGGUUUUGACCGCGAAGUUGAUAUUGUCAAGAAUAUUACAGAGAUAGACAUAUUGGUUGGUGGACACACAAACACAUUCCUUUACACGGGGGACGAUCAUCCAGACGAGAAUAAGCCCGAAGACGUCUACCCAUACGUUGUGAAUAGAACAGACGGUAGCAGAGCACUCGUUGUGCAGGACUUCCGCUUCGGAAAGUACCUUGGCAGAAUUGACGUUUCAUUCAACAGCACCGGUCACAUUGUAGGCUGGGAAGGCAACCCUAUCCUUCUGAACGCUUCAGUCGAGGAAGAUGCGUGCAUGAUUGAAGUGUUGCAGCCUUACAAGAAUAACCUCACAGAACGAAUGAAGGAAGUGUUAGGCAGCACUAGGGUCCUCAUGGAGCACAAGAAUGACAUAUGCAGAAUGCAAGAGUGUAACCUCGGCAACAUGAUUGCGGACGCUUACUUUGAGUACUACCUCAACGAGAAUACAACGAAUGGUCCCACGUGGUCAGACCUGAACGGUGCCGUCGUGAAUGCUGGCAGCAUAAGAACCGGACUUCCAAGCUUCUGUAAGUAA